UACAUCACUAGUAAUUUGGAAACUUGGAGAUCUGUGAUCUGUGACUCGGAUUUUGGACAAAAACAAAUGAAAGGAUUUUAAAAUGUUCCGCUGUGCAAUAACUGCCAUCCGGAAUAUAAGACCUAUUUUUUUUCAACAUUAUGCUGCCAGGAUCAUUUACAAUCAACCAAAAAGUUUUUCCACACUUCAUACAAGAAUUAAUCCAAUUGUUUACACUGGAUGUUCAAAUAACUACAAUUUAUCUCUGUUAAAUAACAAGCAAGUUUUAGAUGUCUCUAACAAUUUAAUGGUGCCUGCAAGGACAGUUACUAAAUUCAGUUUGAAAAAAGGCAAGAGAAAGACAGUGAAGGCGGCAGUGAAGAGAUUCUUAAGAUUAAACUGGGGAGUCUGGAUAAGGACCAAAAUUGGUAGACAUAAGAAGUUAUGGAAAAAGUCCCAGCCACAAAAAAGGCGUUUACGCCAACAUGUAUUUGUCAACUCCACACAAACUGUGUUGUUGGAUAAAAUGGUCACAAAAUAUUGGAAAAGACCCAAAUACUAUGUUGAUGACCCUUAUGAACCAUAUCAUACAAGGGAAGAAUUCCAUAUUACAAGGAGAAAGCCCAGAGAAUCAUAUUAGAAAACUUUGCAUGGAAAUAAUUUUUAAUUUAUGUUAGCUAAUAAAGAAAAAUUUAGAAUUAA